UUGUAGCAUCCGGUUCUGUACAGGGUUAGCAUCAACUAACUGUUUCGUCAUUAAGGUCUCAAGUUAGCAACAUGCGACGACAUUGCGUCACAGUUCUAAAUAACCGCCAGCAUUCAAACAAGAGUUUUCGAAGUUUUCACGUUGAUAAAGUGUUGAGUUUAUUAUCCCACGCUGGCCAGCCAACAUGAGUAAACUUGUGUUGUGCUGGUGUCACGCAGAUAGUCGUGGCAGGUUUAAAAUGAGAAAAAUGUUUGAGAAAGACUGACGGACUCUGCAAAGUGGCCGGACUGAAGGAAAGAGCGACGCAGAGAGACGAACGGAGAGGCAGGAUGGAGGAGUCGGACCUGCUGAAAGAGAGGCUGCAGGCCAUCACUGAGAAGCAUCGCAUUCAGGAAUACAUCAGACAGAAGAAACUGGAACUGGACCAGGAGAAACUGAAACUACAGCAUCUAAAGAAGAAAGCUCUGAGAGAGCAGUGGCUCCUGCAGGACUCAGCUUCCCACAAUGCAACUGGUUCCACACAGCAACAAAGCCUUCUGUCUGACCAGCAGCAGACCAGAGCGCUGCAGCUCAAUGUCCACAGGAUAGAAAUGGAGGUGGAGUCUCUGGAGAGAGAGGAGUCUAUGAUUUCUACCAAUGAGAGCUUCAUCCUCAACAGACUGAAGGCCGUGGAGAAAAGUUCAGAGGAUAUUAUCAAGGAGGCCCAGGACAGCUUUGUUCCCGAGCCAAUAGAGGUUACCACAGUGAUCCCUGAUGUCCCAGAAUGCCUCUCUCCACCAGCCAGCAAACACUCUGAACCAGACACGCCAAGAAAGACUCUGUUUGCUAUGGAGAUCAAUGUGAGUAAAAACCUGUCAACGGGGGAGAGCACGGUACUUUCUACUGCGACGGUUCCUCCUGAUGAGUUGAAUCAACAUGCUGGGCUCAAGGUUUAUGAUGACGGCAGGAAGUCUGUUUAUGCCCUGAGUGCACAAGAGGGAUCACAUGACCAGAGCUGUGUGUCUGAGCUGUCAGCCAAUGAGGUAGAACAGUUGCUGAGAAGCGCCACAGUGCAUUGCCAAGCAAACCACCAAAACUACCCUCAAACUCACAGCACAACGGAAGAGCGUUGCCGUCGUAACGGCCAAGACGAGAGAGACAGAGUGGACCUCAGACACCAGAGAGGACUUUACAGGAACAACGUAAUGGAGAAUGAGUUCAGCUGUAGGGAAAACUGGGUGAGAAAACCAGGGGUAGAGCAUCACCAUGGCCACCUGAGCAGCCAAUACAGAAGGCAGGAGGAGAGAAAAAACCAAAGCAACCUGAGGGAACGACAUCACCCUGGAAACUACAAGUGGAUGGGGCAUCAGAAAGAUGGUCGCUACAGUUCGUAUGUGAUGAGCAACUGUGUUCAGGAAGAUCGGUCUGCUAGCCGACACAAUAACGGCAUCAUCAGAAGCAAUAGUAUGGUAAAUGGAGGCAGAGCCAGUGGCUGCCCUCUCCCCAGGUCACAUGACCAGGAAGUCAUGUCCACCUACCGCCCACAGCUCAGCUUCACGCCAACCAAUUAUAUUCCUCUUACACAUUACAUCAGUGUGGACGAAGAAGAACUUUCUUAUUGCUUCAGCCCACCUGCCUAUCACAGCCAUGAUGGAAACCCGCCCACUGCUCAGUACGCUGGCACCACCCACGCCGACAGAGUGCCAUCCCCCAUUUACGGAGACGACACCCCCUAUACCAUCCUCAACACCAUGGAGACCACUGAGCCAAUCACAGCGAUCUUCAUGGGCUUCCAGACUGCGCAGGAUGACAGUGGGCAGACUCAGGAGUUUGAGGGCUCCCUGAAGGCAGAGCUGGUCAUCAUUGAAGACAACGAUGACAACGGUGAUGACAGCAACAUGAAGCAGAAGAAAGACCUCGACCAUCUUGGGGGCAGUUGUUCAGCCAAUGGAAAAAUGGCAGUUGGAGACAUUCAGAUGGAAAGACAGGUGGGACCAGGUAUUAGAAAGAUAAAAAAAAAACACAAACCCUGCUGCACUGUCUCCUAACCAGCCUUAUUAAUGUCUGAGUGUCCAUCUCAAUAACCAGCUGUAUCUGCCCACUAACCUAACAAAUAACUGCAAACAAGCCCACCAUUGCUUUGUCACAAGCGCUCAGUGUAGUGGGGGCAUCAAUGGGUGACACAGAGGGUAUAUAAGAAAUAGUGAAUGGAGCCGUGACAUCACCUAUUGGUUUGUGAAGCCUCAGAUUUGGCUUUAUGGCCUUUGCCGUCGUGUUCUUUUGGUCUGUUUUCCUCUGAAUGGGACUAUAAUUUAAAAAAUGAACACCAUGCUGUAUUGAAGAAGACUUGAAACCAAUAACUGAGACCAUAAACUCAUUUAGAAACUGUUUACUGAAGGAAAUAAGUCAAGUGAGUAAGCUCAUCUGCCUCUAAGCUCAAAUGCAAUCGGGUGUCAGGACUCGCCCCCUGCUGGCCUUUAGGAAGAACGCAGGCUGUGCAAAUCCACUGGAAAGCUGUGCAGUCCAGUAUUGUUUUUACAGCUGGGAAAGCAGCAAUACUGACUAAAACUAAAACUGACUGAUUCUAAGUCAGAACACUGCUUCUGAAUACUAGAAACACAGAACUAACUAUAAAAUUUACACUAAAAUAUCUAUCCUAGCAGUAGUAAAAGUGAAAUAAGUUGCUCACAAUAACACAAUAAUUAAUCCAUGUAAUUUGCUCAGACCGGUCCUAACUCUCCACAGUCUGCAAAGUGGCAAGAUGUCAGUUUUAUAGGAGGUGUGAGUGUGUGUGUGUGGUGUAGGCUUCCUCCAAAUAUGUCAUCUGCCUCCAGAUAAACCUCUCAUGGCCAGGAGGUCAAUUGCUAUGCAUAUUUAUAGCACAAAAUGUGAAAUUAAAAUACUUUGUACUAAAAUAUCAAGACUUUCACCUGAAUUGAUCAGUAUUGAUUUUCAGCAAAAAAAAAGUAUUCAGGGAGUUAGUUACUCUAAACAUUAAAGCAUGCUCAGGUAAUUGUCAAACCACCUGCAGCUACACCUCUCUGCUAAGUGAAUGUCAAAUAAUACAUGUCAUCUUUUUUCUUAUGAAUAAAUGCAUAUGUACCAUACAGUGUGACAACUAACUCCAUACAGAUUUUGGAACAGCAUGUUUUGAAUGAGAAGGGUCUGUGUAAAUGUAUGAAUUAGAUGCAGUUAGGUUUAGACUUCAGCGAGCGACUGUCAUGUGGCUCCCUCUGCUGGUCUAAAUGUGCUGAUGCCACCUUGUUCAUAAUAAUGAGCAGCUACAGGUAAGAAUGGCAACAAGGUUGGACCUGGAGAUAGCAAAAAACCUCAGUAUUUCAGCUAAAGCUCUAUGGAUUAUGUACGAUGAGCUCAACUGUAAUUUUAAAUAGGUAAUGUAAUAAUAGUGUAAUAG